AUGAGCCAGGCAUACGACGACAGCACAAACCUUGAUGUCCCCAUCUUCCAGGACGAUCUGCUUCGCGACAGGCAGCGAGUCUUUUCCGAGUUCCUCUCCAAGGACGAAUACCAGGAUGCGGUGCGUCGCAUGCUCAGGAUGGACGCUCGCCGGCUGAUCAUCAACAUCGACGACCUGCGAUCCUACAACCGCGAAUUUGCUACCGGUCUCCUCAACGAGCCCAACGAGUAUCUUCCUGCGUUUGAUGCUGCUCUCCACAUGUCGGUCGAGCUGGCGCACAAUCCGCUCAAGGAGGACAUCAAGGGCAAGCAAUACUACAUUGGCUUACGUGGAAGCUUCGGUGACCACCACGUCAACCCACGUACACUCCGCAGCGUCCACCUUGGCAAGAUGAUGAGUCUCGAAGGCAUCGUCACCCGCUGCUCCCUCGUCCGCCCCAAGAUCCUCAAAUCCGUCCACUACUGCGAAAAGACACUCAAAUUCCACCAGCGAGAGUACCGCGACGCUACAAUGUACGGCACGCUUCCCCCAUCGUCCACUGUCUACCCGACCGAAGACGAAAGCGGCAACAGACUCACCACCGAAUACGGUCACAGUCUCUUCCGCGACCACCAGAUGAUUUCCAUUCAGGAGAUGCCUGAACGCGCCCCUCCAGGUCAACUACCUAGAAGUAUCGACGUCGUCAUGGACGAUGACAUGGUCGACCGAUGCAAACCAGGCGACCGCAUCCAGCUUGUAGGCAUGUACAGAUCGCUUGGCAACCGCGUCGGGCAGAGCUCAUCCUCAACCUUCCGCACGCUCAUGAUCGGCAACAACCUCAACCUCCUCUCGUCCAAAGCCGGCGGAGGCAUCGCUCAAGCGCACAUCACCGACACAGACAUCCGCAACAUCAACAAGAUCGCAAAGCGCAAGAACGUAUUCAACCUGCUUUCGCAGUCCUUGGCGCCAUCCAUCUACGGUCACGAGUACAUCAAAAAGGCAGUUCUGCUGUUGCUGCUCGGAGGAGAGGAGAAAAACCUCCCGAACGGCACCCACAUUCGUGGAGACAUCAACAUUCUCAUGGUCGGCGAUCCUUCCACGGCCAAAUCGCAGAUGCUGCGCUUCGUGCUCAACACGGCACCGCUUGCCAUUGCGACCACGGGUCGUGGCUCGAGCGGUGUCGGUCUCACAGCUGCCGUCACGACAGACAAGGAGACCGGUGAACGACGUCUCGAGGCAGGUGCCAUGGUGCUCGCUGACCGGGGUGUCAUCUGCAUCGACGAAUUCGACAAGAUGAGCGACGUCGACCGCGUUGCGAUCCACGAAGUCAUGGAGCAGCAGACCGUCACCAUCGCCAAAGCUGGUAUCCACACCAGUCUCAACGCUCGAUGCUCGGUCGUGGCUGCAGCCAACCCAAUCUACGGCCAGUACGAUGUUCACAAGGACCCGCACAAGAACAUUGCGCUGCCCGAUUCGCUCCUCUCUCGUUUCGAUUUGCUCUUUGUCGUCACGGACGAUGUCGACGAGCAACGCGACCGAAUGAUCUCGGAACACGUCCUGCGCAUGCACAGAUAUCUUCAACCCGGGCUGGAAGAGGGUACCCCCGCUGUGGACAAUCUCGAUCAGGCGCUCGACGUCGGUGCGCCCGAAGGAACCGAUGCCGAUGGUGCAGCCAUGCUAGGCGACACCUCGCCUUUCGAAAAGUACAACCCUCUGCUACACUCUGGCGUCACAGGCACUGGUCGUGGAAGCGACAAGAAGGAGGUGCUUUCGAUCGCCUUCAUCAAGAAGUACAUCCAGUACGCCAAGUCCCGCAUCCACCCUGUCUUGACCAAGGGCGCCGCAGAGUGGAUCGUCAACGUCUACUCGAACCUGCGUAACGAUGAGCUGUCAGGCAACCAGAAGCGCACCUCGCCCCUGACCGCACGUACGCUCGAGACGCUGAUUCGUCUGGCGACGGCACAUGCCAAGAGCCGACUGAGCAGCAAGGUGGAGGAACGCGACGCCGAAGCUGCCGAGGAGAUUCUGCGUUUCGCACUGUUCAAGGAGGUGCUCGGUGGGCGACGGGGCAUCAACAAGAGACGCCGAACCGGCAACAGCCCCAUGAGCGACGACGAGCAGAACGACGACGAUGACGACGACGAUGACAGCGGGGACGAGGUCGCUCCGACAGACGCCAAUGCAACGUAUCGCAGCAGUCAGUCUGGACGUGGAGGACGCGGCGGUCGUCGGGCUGGACAGCGCUACGGUGAAGGCGAACACAGCAGCGACGAUGAUGACGACGAGGGUCAAAACGGCGUGCUUUCGUCGCAACGCUCGGCGCGAUCCAACGGUGCGUACGCGACACGCGCUGCUGCAUCGACACGCUCCAAGCCCAAACCGGCCAUGAUCGGACCAGGAGGCAUGGACGAAGAGGCCUUCGACGACGAGGACGCACUGGAAGCCAUGCGCUCCCUCGAUGUGGAGGUGUUGAUCCCUUCUCAGCCUGUCACAGCGAGCUCGUCAAGAGCCAUCUCUGCGCAGAGGACCGAAGCCUUCAAGGAAGCACUCUCCGACCUGCUGUUUGCCUCCGACGGUCGAUUAGCCGAGAUGGACGCCAUCCCUCUGGACGAGCUGCUGCCCGUGAUGAACGAAGGCCGGCGUACCGAGGAGCUGUUCGACAGCAACGAAGCGCGCCAGGUGCUCGAACAGAUGCACAGGGAGAACAGCAUCAUGUUCAGCGAGGACAUGGUGUUCAAGCUUUGA